AUGGACGUGUCAAUUGAUAAAGAACUCACCAUAUCUAACCCCAAUAAUGACAAAGAUACCGCACCUAAUUCUAACAAUGAUCAAGAUGAUGAAAGACUGGAUUUAUUCUAUGACCCAAAAAAAGGGCAGUUAUCAUCUUUUGAGGCAGGCCUAGGAUCUGACUGUUUCCUUCCUAAUGAAAAAUUUCCUCAAUUAUACGAGGUGCUUUUAUAUAAGAAAAAAGAUAUAAUAGCUAUUCAGAAAAAACUUGGUAUUAACAAUAAUAUAAAUCAAAUAGCAGUAUCGGAGAGCAAGAUAGCAAAAAAACUUACUAAUUCAUAUGAAUUGCUGUUAGAAUUGGUGAGGGAUUUAAUACUUAUACAGGGUCAACUUAAUAUAGAUAUCAAUUCCAUUUUAGAAGCAGAACUUAGAAGGAAUAAAGCCUCUUCAGAUAAACCAAUUAGAUUAUUUGAUUUGCUUUUAUCUUUAGAAGAUGAUAUAGUGGAAUUUCAUGGUCCAUUAGAAGAUGAUCCAGAUGUGAUUUUACCAAAAUAUGAUGAAAUGAAGGUAAAGAAAAUUUGGUUUACUGGAAAGAGACUUCUUCUAUUUCCAAAUCUUACUCCUUAA